CCCUCCGCUUCAUUCCUCCUCCGCUGCACACUCAAACUACCACCUCUUCAGUCCACCACCAGAUUCUUCUUCAUCCCUCGCUCCACCUUCACUCGGCGGCGAGGCGCCAGCCCCAUCGCGAGGAGGAGGCAGCGGCGGCGACCUUCCUGCUGCUCCUCCCGCCUUGCAGCAGCAGCAGUAGAAUCAGCUGCAUCAUCAUCAGCAGCAGCAGAAUCAGCUGCAGCAGCACCAUCGGCGUCGCCACUCGCAGCGCUCCAGCGCCAACACCGCAGAGUCGUCGCCCCCCCCCCUCCCCCCGCGUCUCUGGCGCUAGCGCUCCGCGUGUGCCCGAGCGGCGUGGAGGAGGAAGAGGAGGACGAGGAGGGAGGAGGGAAGAGGAGGCGAUCGCUUCGGUCGCUGUAGCCGCCGCUUCGCUACCCGUGGAGCCAUGAGGCGCCUCUCGCUGCUGCUGCUGCUGCUCGCCCUGCAGGCGCAGCUCGGUGCCUGCCAGCGCCGGUCACCGUCUCGGGACACGGAGGAGCAGAAUGUGAACAACAACAACGUCUCUCCAUCCGACUUCCUUGAUAAGCUCAUGGGUCGGAGUUCGGGCUACGAUGCGCGAAUACGGCCGAACUUCAAACGCGAUCCUGUCAACGUGACGUGCAAUAUUUUCAUCAACAGCUUCGGCUCCAUUGCUGAGACCACGAUGGACUACCGACUGAACAUCUUCCUGAGGCAGCAGUGGAACGACCCGCGGCUCGCCUACUCCGAGUAUCCGGAUGACUCCCUUGACCUCGACCCGUCCAUGUUGGACUCCAUCUGGAAGCCCGAUUUGUUCUUUGCCAAUGAGAAGGGAGCAAACUUCCAUGAGGUGACCACUGACAACAAGCUCCUGAGGAUCUUCAAGAACGGAAACGUACUCUACUCCAUCAGACUCACCCUGACUCUCUCCUGCCCAAUGGACCUGAAGAACUUCCCCAUGGACGUGCAGACGUGUGCCAUGCAGCUCGAGAGCUUUGGAUACACGAUGAACGACUUGAUCUUCGAGUGGAAAUCGGAGGGGGCCGUCCAGGUGGCCGAGGGGCUGACCCUGCCGCAGUUCGCCCUCAAGGACGAGCAGGACUUGCUCUACUGCACCAAGCACUACAACACCGGGAAGUUCACCUGCAUCGAAGCGAAGUUUCACCUGGAGCGGCAGAUGGGCUACUACCUGAUCCAGAUGUACAUUCCGAGCCUGCUCAUCGUCAUCCUCUCCUGGGUCUCCUUCUGGAUCAACAUGGACGCGGCUCCGGCGCGCGUGGCGCUGGGCAUCACGACCGUGCUCACCAUGACGACGCAGAGCUCGGGCUCGCGAGCCUCCCUGCCCAAGGUGUCGUACGUGAAGGCCAUCGACAUCUGGAUGGCCGUAUGCCUGCUGUUCGUGUUCUCGGCGCUGCUGGAGUACGCCGCCGUCAACUUCGUGUCUCGCCAGCACAAGGAGAUGCUGCGCAUUCGCCGCCGCAAGAGGAGGAAUCCGGAUGAGGAUGGAAGGGGCUUCAACAUGUACGGCAUGGGCCAGUGCCUUCAGGCGGGCGACGGCAUGUCCGUCAAGGGAAUCAACGCAGCCAACUCAGCCCCUCCCCCCUCUUCCAUCCCACCCAAGGACCCAGACGCAAUCAAGAAGAAGUAUGUCGACCGGGCCAAGAAAAUUGACACAAUAUCUCGAGCAGCCUUCCCUCUUUCCUUCCUCCUCUUCAAUAUCUUCUAUUGGAUUAUCUACAAAAUAUUGCGCCAUGAAGACAUUCACAAGAGAGAUGCUGGCAAGUGACCCCGGGUUAUCCCGUGGCUCGCUACCAACGUCCGUGGCUCAUUUACUCAAUUUCACACACACACACGCACGAAAAACGAUUGCAGCAAAAAGAUUCGUUAUUUUUUCAGGAGGUUUAUUUUCUUUUCUUUUAGGAGGUUUAAUUUUCUUUUAAUUUCCUUGAUUGUAGGGAGAGAGAGAGAGAGGGACAAACUUUUAACAUCAAAGGUCACUACUUUUGGUGGUCACAUGUUCACAUGGUGCAAGAAUGAAGACCUGGUACAGACACACUGAUCUCCCACCACUUGGCCCCCCUCAAAUCCACAGAGCCCCCCCUCCUCCUCCUAUCCCAACACCUCCCCCCCAUACCGCUCUUGCCAGGAACGCAAAGGCAAUACAUGUUCCCUGUGACAUCUGCCACUGCUAGCCUUACGCGUGUGCAGUUACCAAGCGAGCGUGAUUCUGACCGCUUUAACUCGCGCUGCCGUUUCGAAGCCUUCCCGGGGCCGACUACUGCUUCCGUUUAAACGUUCAAAUAACCGUAACACUUUUACAGCGCUUCCAGACACCACGUCCAGUUGUACAUAAUCGAUUACUGUGAAAAGUGUGCUGUCCCAAGGCAGGGGGGGGGGGGGGGUGGAAUAUAUAAAACUAUCAACCAUGUUUAUUUUUGUGUUUCUGUGAUAAGAUUUUGCUAAACAAAAUGCAAGUGCUUUGAUCAAUGAAUAAAUAUGUGCUGUAAUUAUCGCGGAAAUUGGGUGAUAGGCACGGUUAACAAGAACAACAUUUGGUCGGCAUAUAUGUGGCUUUAUAAAAAGUGAUCUUCAAAUGGGCUUUCCAAACUUUCCCAUGAUGCAAUGCUUCUCGUUGGCAUUUGCUCCACAACUGAAACCUUGGUCUGUAUUUUGACUUGUUCUACAUUUUUAGUGAAGUGAUUUAAAGAAACAAAAAGAAAACCAAAUCAAUGCCUCCCAUAAUACGGGCAGCCACGCUUCACAAAUACCGCGAGACUCAAAAGCUCAACGACGAUGUUGAGCUUUCGCGAUUUCACCAAAUGAAGCUGAUGUAGCGCAAAUUGUAAAUGAAACAAAACGAUUGUUUAAUUGCCGAUAGUCGCGAAAUUAUUCGGAUGCAAAGAUAAAUAAUUCGGAUGCAAAGAUAAAUGCCCCCCCCUUCCCCCCCACCGCAAUCUUUGCUAUACAUCCGUUUCAUCGCGGCACCACUCAGAUUUCAGCUCUCCACCACUCAGAUUUCAGCUCUCCAGCAAAAUGCAGCUCUGUUACAUUGUCUGGCUGGGGGGGGGGGGGGGGGGGUGCCCCACCGCAUUGGUAAUGCGGCUGCUGCCCUUUUAUUCAUCGGCCGUGGCGCUUUGCUCCUCGCUAAGAGAAUGCCCCCUUCGCUGCAGAGCCAACGGAUGUCACGACCAGUCACGGUAAUCACGUUUGGAACAAAUGCCACCUGGGAAUUGCCGCCGACGCCCAUCGGGCAAUGGGAUGGAAUGUAUUUUAUUUCGUUUCUUUUACUUCUUAUUCCGAGUGAUUGAAAAAGGCUUUUUUUUCUUUUUAUUGUAUACGAAUUGCCACUACCCCUCCCCGCCGGAAAAGAUAGUUGGACGAGUGCGCGCAUACAUGUUAGAUUCGCGUGAACAUCGGCAAUAGACGUGCUUGCAUAUGGUUUGUACAGUAUAUACGCAUUAAUGCUGCGCGGUACGAACCGCCGAUGAACAAAUGAAAAGGAAUACGAUUGCUGUGAUACGCUGAAUCGUGUAUAGCCUGUGCGGUAAAUGACCCUGUGUUUGAUGUUUUGUAAUCUCAAAAAGUGUCAUCAUUGUCCCUAAAGUUGUUGUCUUGUGACGUCACGGCAGAGCACUUUAUGAACAACACGAACAUGCGACCCGAGUACUUUUGAAGCCGAUCGCUUGACAAUGCAACGAGACCCAUCUACAGGGCGCGCAGAGGAUGGCUGCCGCCUCGUUAUAUGGGCCAGUACCCAACAGCAAGCGUGUCGCUUGCUGACUUUACCCGUGGACUUUCGUUGCGUUUAUUUCGAGGUUUUCUUCUGGGCAUUUUAGAUUAAUUUUUUUAGAAAUCUUGCACGAAACAAACAAAGAAAACGCUGACUCUACGUGGCGCAGUUUGACGAUUCCCGGACGUGCGUUUCCCUGACGCUUUAAAAGAGGCAGGCAAGUCAUUUUUAGUUUAAGUUUGAUGAAGGGACAUUUUUUACACGAUUGGAACCUCAUUUGCCAGUAAAAAAUAUGAUAAUUGUCUUUUUACCCUUCUAUCUGGCAACAAAACUGACACCUUUUUACAAGGAGUCAUGUUUGCAUAGACCACAAUACCUGCAGCCAUAGUGCGCCUUUUGGCGUCAUCUGGUCCAACCCAUGUGAGACUAGGCUCUAAGGAAAGCUGUCUCGGGUGUGGACCAAUCAACUUCAAGGACAGUGCACAUUAUCAGAGUUAUGUUUUUUGUUUGAAUUAUGACUGCAGGUAUUGUGGUCUAUGUAAACAUGACUCCUUAUAAAAAAAAGGUGUCAGUUUUGUUGCCAGAUAGAAGGGUUAAAAACCAAUUAUCGGACAUUUUUUGUUGUAAAAAUGUUACUUGGGCAUGGUUCGACAGGCAAAAAAAAAUUGAGGAUGGUGAUUCGGGCAGAAGCAACUUGUCCACAUUUAUAGCUCGGGUUAAGGGAAACCUGGUAGAAUUACCACGGGGCCUGGACGCACCACAGACAGAACCCACCGACUCGUUUAUUUACCACCGCCACGUUGCGAUGGUGACGGAGCGCUUUGGUUCUCGCGUAAUACUCUGCACGUGUCAAAUGAUUUAGCUUUUCUCCCCCCCCGCCCUCCCCCCCCCCCCCGUAAAUAAGCCAUAUAUUUUUUGUUAAACUUGCAACGAUUAAUUUUUCUUUGAGACUUCUUGGACUCUGUGACGUGCCUCGUUUUGUGAAGCCGCCCCACCACGCGACGAGAGAGAAACUGGCCACAAACGUUUUGAAGAACCCUCCUGAAAAUAAAAUAUAUAUUUUCCCGGUGAGGCUCAUACCCGGAUAUAAUAGUCAGGACUGUUAUUCUAAUUGAAUGCACUUUUUAAACAAAGUUUGUUUUUUUGUUUUGUUCGUGUAAUUGUUAAAAAAUUGUAGAUGUAUUUAAAAAAAAGGGCAGCCAUUGAUUCAAGUUGCUGUCGUUACGAAAGUAUUCAAAGUCUAUAUAUCUACACCAUAUCAAUGUGGCAUUGUAAUUUACUGUAUAUUGCACAGCUUACGUAUGUAUAUACCGUUAAUGUUAUUUACAGCGCCUGUUAUCAAUCCACUGCAGGAUGAAAGCCUCCCUGCGCCGUGUGUGGUAUGUUUUGACCUCGCACACAGCGGCAAGAAAUUGACUCACUAUUUAAGGAUGCGAUCCUAACAAAGCAGGGCGCUGGCUUUGCCCAUCGGCAAGUUAUUCGGCAUGGCAUUUUGUACGCGUUUCAAACGCGUCCUGGAAUCAUCGGCGAGCCGUAGCCAAUUCAAAGUAGAUUCUAACCUCCUAAAUAUACCUCACAUGAGCACCUCGCCUCUCUCUCUCUCUCAGUGACAGCUCCCGUCAUCUUGGCGUGUUCAGCCUGACCAUGCCCUCUCCGUCCGCAACUUUCCACCUUCCCCCCCCCGACCUGCUGUUCAGAGACCGAAUGACGCUCCGCUUUGUAACCGAGGACUGGCCGCCGUGAUUGUGUGUCGUAACCGCGGCUGUUAAUGCCGUGCGCAACAGCCGUUCGUUCCUCGUUCAGACGUCACGCCCGUUGUAGACUGUCGCGACAUAGACAUACUUUUGGGAUUUAUGCUAUGCAACGCCAAAUUUUAAUGCUUAAUGCUGCAGUUGCAAAAGGAGUUUGCAUAGCCAGGUGUCAUGGGGCACAAGCCAACACAACCGCGGAGGCUUCUUAAAAAUGCAGCCACUUAUACGCAUGCGCAGUGCGCGCGCGUGCAUGUAAUGGCCGCUUCGUUAAAUCAAUUGCAGUCGGGAUAUAUACAAAUAUUUAACAAUAAUCAGUCCCUCCAGAAAAACGCGGAGUUUUUUGGUAAUUGUUGCGGGCAAAAAUCGUUGAUUAUGCGGCACGUUUUCUUAAAAAAUGCGAUGGAAUAUGCGGGAUAUUUAUGCAAUUUUAUGCGAUUAAAUUGCGGGAACGUGCAAAAACUGCGGUUUGAUGAAAAAGAGAAAAAAAAGUGAUUCCCCCAACACCCUAUUCACUAGGCUACUACUUUAAUGUAAAGAGUCAUUUCUUAUUACUUCCUAUGAUAAGCAAGCAUACUACAUCACAGAAAGUGCUGGGGAUAUUUAAGUUCUCAUCUUGUUUUAUUUCAGACCUUAACAAACAGAUGGCUCAAACUUACAAAACAUUGAGUCGAACAAGUUCUGUAGCUUUACAAAAUGAAUAUGCUACAACUUCUGUAAAAAUGAAUAAAUAAAAUAUUAAAAAAUAAAAUGUGUGUUUCCUGUUUUACAGAGGUAGCUAUACAAAACAGACAUCUUCUGUUAAAAUAAGUGUUUUCAGUGCACAGUAACGUAAGCAAUACAGUAACAGUACAGUAUUACAGUAAUGUAAAUUUACAUACUACUAACAAAAAAGUGCAAUCUUACAACUGUAAAGUUGCAUAAACU